CAUUGAUUUGGUAACACUGCUUCAAAAGCCUAUGACUUCUACCCAAGAGACAGAAGGCAACUCAUUUAAGGCUCCCCAGCAGCAGACCUUCGGCCAAGCCUUGGUCUUCACAAAUUCUCAGCACAGCACCCAGAUGGCAUCAGGAACUGUCAACUCCAGUGCUGUAAACUCUUAUUCUUCUCAAAGUCUGUCUGCAGUUCUUUGUUCUGGCUUUGGAGAACUUGGAUCCUCUAAAUUGGCAAACUCUACUGGAUCCCAAAUCUUGGACCAAUUGAAAUCUCCAGGUUUGGGUCAGUUUACUUCUCAACAAAACAAUAGUAGCUCUACCACUACUACCACAUCAUCUUGGCACCUAAAACCGCCCAUUACUCAGUCUUCAGUUCUUAGUCAGUUUGACUUUAAAUCCCAGCCUGAACCAUCCCCAGUUCUGAGCCAGCUGACCCAGCGACAGCAACAACAAAUGCAGGCAGUCCCUGUUCCUCCUCCUGGGCUGGAGUCCUCCUCCCAGGUAAAACUCUGUGAGCCGUUGCCAGUAGACACCUCUACAACUGUUAGCAAAAUGUUACAGCUCCCCACUAUGUCUGUGGCUAAUCAGGCAGUGACUGCCCAUCAAACCCAGCAGAAACACAUAAAACCACCAAAACGGAGGAUAACUCCAGCAUCCAAGAUUCCUGUUUCUGCAGUGGAGAUGCCUGGAUCAGCAGAUAUGUCAGGGUUAAAUGUUCAGUUUGGAGCUCUAGAGUUCGGAUCAUAGCCUGCACUCCCAGAGUUUGGAUCAACUUCAAGCAGUGAGAAUACAAGCCAGGCGGCCAACAAUAGCUUACACUCAAAAUCUGUAAAUGAUCCUUUGAAUACUUCUUCACCAAUAUCCAAUACAGUACAGGAGACUAUGUACGCAACCUCUGUCAUCACCUCUUCCAGCGUGACUUGCUCAUCCCAGAGCACUAGCUCAGUAACAACUUCCUCCUAUGACCAGACUUCUGUGCAUAGUAGGAUGGCAUACCAAAGCUCCACGGCUCCAUCUGAAUCAACCCCUGUUGCAGUUACG